AUGAACACCGUCGCCCAUAGCCUGGCCGAGGCUUCUCCCCCAGCUUCCGCUGUCGCGCCCAUCAACCAACACCAGCACCAGCAACCGCAGCCUCCGCCAUCACCGUCGCCCUCGCAGCCGACCUCCGUCUCCGAGACCGCUCCAACUCCCCUGCUGCCGCCCAUCUCCUCGCCGUCUGCUCCUCCCGUUUCGCUGCCUGCUGCUCUCGCCGCCGCCGCCGCCGCUUCUGCGCCCUCUCACUGCCUCCCGCAAAACCCCGAUGAGCUUCCCCCGCUCCGCCAGCCGUCGCCCACCUCGCCGGCGCAUUAUACGUUUGAGCAGCAUCAGCAGCAGCACUCUCACCACCACCUCCACCCAGUCACCCCGCCUCUGAGAAAGGACACAUGCUCCUCCAUCUCGACGCAGGCCACUACCGCUACCUUGGCCUCCACGGAGACCAACAACACAUCGUACAGUGCCGACACCUCUCCUAACCUGCACCAGUCUAUUUUCUCUGUAAAGGAUGGCUCCGACGUCUCUAACAACCGCCGCACGAGCAGGAGACGGACCGGGCCCCUUUCCCAGCAGUCUAGAGAGCGCGCCGCACUCAUCAGGAAGCUCGGUGCUUGCAAUGAUUGCCGGAGGCGCAGAGUUGCUUGCCACCCCAGUCACCACAACAUGACAUGGGAGGACGUAGUCUCCAAGUUUCAUCGAUCCCACAGCCCGACUAUCCAGGACAUCGCGCCCUCCCUCGCCGCUGCUGGCCGGCCAUUGAGCCCCGCCCCCGCCGUCGCCAACGUCCAGUCCCUGUUCGCCCACGACCCUCAAGAGAUGGAUAUUGAUUCGAACCCUCCCUCUUCUCAUCAACCCGGCCGGCCUCCGUUGAGUGAUGCUAGAAUCCGCACUCCGCUGCCAUCGGGCCCUCGCCUUGAGAAGUCGUUGUCGUUGCCAGGUAUCGAGAGCUUUAAGAACGACCUUCAGACUAACGUGGGGCGCAUGCUCUCCACCCCAAGCCGAGACCGGUACACCUCGGUCCAGGUCCUGUUUCUGUUCUGGCAGGACGAUGAGGACGUGUCUACGAUUCACUCGGCUGUUCGGGAGCUUGGUGAGGUCUUUGACAAGUACUACCAUUAUGGCUUUCAGGUUCAGACAAUACCCUCGUCGUCUGACGGCUGCAAGAGCUCCUGGAGGUGGCUUUCGCGACAGCUCAACGAGUUUGCCGAGGACCGUGAUGAGCGCGAUGUCCUGAAGAUUGUCUAUUAUGCCGGACAUACAUAUCUAGACGGCAAUCGCGAGAUGGUCUUGGCGAGUUCGAGAGACCCAGAACGGGCUUCGACCAUCCGAUGGGGUGGAAUUCAGCAGACCCUAGAGGAGGCUCGAGCCGAUACUCUCAUCAUCAUGGAUGCGGCGUACUAUCCAUCAUCCCGUAUGGUUCGACAGCAAGGCGUCCUGGAGCUGCUGGCAGCGUCGGUGUCGGAGGAGCACUUCUAUGGCCUCGAUCGGUGCGCCUUCACACGAGCUCUGGCUGAGCAACUUCGAGUCAGGGCAGCACGGUUGAGCCCCCUUUCGGCCGCUGAGCUGCACGCAAACCUGUUCUCCCACUAUGCCAAGAUGGUACAGGACAAGAACCCAGAGCAAGAGGUGGUAACUAGCUUCCCCUCGCCGCUGCACAUGAUGAUGUCGGGUAACUCGAGACUUCCGUCAAUCUUCUUGUCGCCGGUAUACCAAAACAGCCCGAUGCGCAGCAGCUUCUCGUCGUACGAGAACAGUCCGCAAUUGCAUCUGUCGAUUCGUCUGGACGACGACAAUGUCAACCUCGAGAGCUGGAACGAGUGGCUGCGGCUGAUGCCCGAGGGAAUUAAGGACAUCAAGGUUGAAGGCCCUUUUCGAGCUACCUUUAGAUGA